CAGAGAACAACAAACAAGAUAGGGUGCCGACCGUCGGGAUGGGUGCAGCUACUUUGACAUACGAAACACUUCGCUUUGGGGAGUUUGAAGAUUUUCCUGAGACCUUGGAGCCCGUGUGGGUCUUGGGAAAAGAGUACAAUGCACUCACAGAGAAAGAUCAGAUUCUAUCAGAUGUCACUUCGAGAUUGUGGUUCACAUACAGAAAAAACUUCCCUCCCAUUGGGGGCACCGGACCCACGUCAGACACAGGCUGGGGUUGUAUGCUGCGGUGCGGCCAGAUGAUCCUGGGCGAGGCCUUGAUGUGUCGACAUCUAGGCCGAGACUGGAGAUGGGCCCGAGGCCAGAAACAAAGAGAGGAGUACAUCAGUAUUCUCAAUGCCUUCAUUGAUAAAAACAGCUAUUAUUCCAUCCAUCAAAUUGAUGGAGUCGGAGAGGGAAAACCUAUUGGUCAGUGGUACGGACACACAGUCGCCCAGGUUCUCAAGAAGCUGGCCGUGUUUGACAUGAGCAGAUUAGUGGUGCAUGUGGCAAUGGACAACACCGUGGUCAUCGAAGAGAUCAAGCGUCUUUGUAUGCCCUGGCUGGAUGUCGCAGGAGCGUGUGGCGAGUUAGAGGGAGUGGGGGAGAUCAACGGCUGCCUGGAGGGAGCGUGUGCCCUGGCUGAGGAGGACGCCCUCUGGAAACCUCUGGUCCUGCUCAUCCCUCUCAGGCUCGGUCUCAGCGACAUCAACGAGGCCUACAUUGGAACCCUCAAGCAAUGUUUCAUGUUGCCUCAGUCGCUCGGAGUUAUUGGUGGAAAACCCAACAGCGCCCACUACUUCAUCGGUUAUGUCGGAGAGGAGCUUAUCUAUUUGGAUCCACACACCACACAGCCGGCGGUGGAGCCGUGCGACGACGGACAGCUCCCCGACGACUCGUACCACUGUCAGCACCCGCCCUGCCGCAUGCACAUCUGUGAACUGGACCCAUCCAUCGCAGCGGGCUUCUUCUGCAGAACAGAGGACGAGUUCGACGACUGGUGUAUGCGCAUCAGAAGGUAUCUGUCCUGCAACAGAGGUGGCCUGCCCAUGUUUGAACUAGUAGACAGUCAACCCUCUCACAUGGUCAGCGUGGACACCCUUAACCUUACUCCCGAUUUCUCAGACUCCGACAGGUUGGAGCGGUUCUUUGACUCAGAAGAUGAAGAGUUUGAGAUCCUUUCCCUGUGAGGGAUGUAA